AUGCGGGGUGCCGCCUUCUGCACACUGGGCACAGCGCUGCUCUCCGCGCUCUCCACGCUCUCCACCGUCAACGCUAUCCAGCUCAUUGAGAGAGACUCGCCACACGUUGUUGGUCUUGAUAUUCAGCGGAGGCAUGUCUCCAACCCCAUUGAAAGGGACCGCUUUAGGAGAAGACAGCUCAAUGCCAUUGCUGAGAUUCUAGAUAAUGAGAGACAGGGCACCCUCUAUUUCUGCAAUGUCUCGCUGGGAACACCACCGCAGAGAAUCCGCUUGCACAUCGACACCGGCAGCAGCGAUCUCUGGUGCAAUGUGCCACAUUCGAGUCUCUGCUCCCAGGCAGAUAAGCCCUGCGCCAGCGCCGGAACCUAUGACUCAUCUGCCUCUUCCACCUACAUGUUCGUAAGUUCGGAUUUCAGUAUAACGUACGUCGAUGGGUCCGGGGCAAACGGCAAUUAUGUGACGGAUACGUUACAGUUGACCGGUGCCACUUUAGAGGCCUUCCAGUUUGGAGUGGGAAAUACUACUUCUUCAAACGAGGGUGUACUUGGUAUCGGAUACCCAGCGAACGAAGCCCAGAUGUCAAAGGACGGCAUAGACCCCUAUCCAAAUCUUCCCGCCGCUCUUGUCGAAGCCGGCUACAUAAACUCCAACGCGUACAGCCUGUGGCUCAAUGACCUCGAUGCAAACACCGGAAGCAUUCUCUUCGGCGGUGUCAACGCCGCAAAAUUCGAUGGAAAGCUGCACACCCUCCCGAUCAUCCCAAGUAUCCAGAACCUACACACCGAGUUUAUCAUCGCUCUAACAGGAAUGGCCAUUGAUAUCGGGAAGGGCAGCAAGAAGAUCGGCUCCAGAAACUUUCCGAUCGCCGUCCUCCUCGAUUCCGGCAGCAGCCUUACCUACCUGCCCGAUUCCGUCACAUCGGAAAUCUACCCCAAGGUCCGCGCCAUUUACGACGCAGACAUGGGCGCCGCUUUCAUUCCCUGCUCUAUGAAGGCAAGCACAGGAUCUAUAUCCUUCAGCUUCUCCGGCAUCACCAUCGACGUCAGCAUGAGCGAGCUAGUCCUCAGGCUCGACCCUAAAUUCGACGGGAUUCCCACAGAGUCCACCGGCAUGCCAACCUGUAUCUUCGGCAUCUCUCCCGCCGGCGACGAUGCCACCUCUAUCCUUGGCGACACGUUCCUGCGCAGCGCCUACGUCGUCUACGACCUGGACAACAACGAGAUCUCGCUCAGCAAGACUAACUUCAAUCCCACCGGUAGCAGGAUUCUAGAGAUUGGGAAGGGCCCCGAUUCCGUUCCUGAGGCGACGAAGGUGCCUAAUCCGAUCACCAUUGUGGAUUUCACCGGGUCUGGGGGCGGGCGGAUUAAUGGGCCGAUGACGUCGUCUGCGUUUGCGGGGCCAACGGCCAUGCCGGAUUUGAGUGUCAAGGCGUUGGCGGCAUUGGCGGCGUUGGCAGCGGCUAGUAUUGCGUUUACGGCAAUGUAG